CGUUGCCAUGGAGCCAUCCAAUCAGGGUGGGGCAGCCUCUCAAGGCUCCGGGUGUAUUGGAGCUGGGAGAGAGAGGCACAGCGGGGCGGGCGAAAGCACAGAGGGAGAAUGCGAGCAAACAGGUGAGGAGGAAGGGCAGAAAGAGAGUGGACCUGACAGGAGCAGGGCAGAAGGGCAACACAGCGCAGGACAGUUCAGAUCGGUCCAACGACAGGAGCAAUACAUGAAGGGAAACUUUGACCAAGGGGUGAAUUUUAAACACAGUGAUCAAGACAGAAUGGAGAGCGACUGCUGUGAUGACAGCCAGAGCGACAGUGGAGUAUCAGCGGACUUGUCCCCAGGCAGCACUUUGGGGGGCAACACCUCCAUCUCCACGGGGACUCCAGCAUCCAAAGAGACUCCCAUUGAGAGAGAGAUCCGACGUACUAUAGAGCGUGAACACAGCCUGAGAAGGUCCAGAGGACUUCCAAAUCCCCCCACUUCUCCAGAGUAUGUGGAGAUUCCUUUAAGGAAAAACAUUCUCUCUGAGCCGCUCAAUAUUAAGUCUGAGAGUAGUCAAGGCAAAGACAAGCAGUUUGCGGGCAAGAAGAUGCAGCAGGAGAUCCACCAGGAGACCCAGAGAGAACAGGACCUGGUCCAGCUGGGGAAAGUUCCGGGUUUCUACGACAAAGGCACAGUUCGCCAACUCAAAGACAAGAAACAGCUUUUUGAGGCCUUUCAGCAACCCAGUGACCCGACUUUGUCGGUCUCAACCAGGAGUAAAACCAUGUCCUGGUCCUCAUUCGGUGACGUCUCAACCUUGGAGGAGAACCAGGAGGAUACCUUGUCACAUACAUCCACCAUAGGAGCCUUGUAUGUGGAGAGGAGCCAGAGCUCAGACUUGCUCAGUCCCCCAGUGAGCCCUUACUCAGCCAAAGGAAGAUAUUCAACCUACUCAACCCCUUCAGUACUGGGGUUCUCCAAGGAGACAGAUCACCAGGUCAUCAUCACGGAGAAUAACCUGAGUGUCCCUGCUCAGAAGCUCUACCACGCCAAACUUGAGGCAGAGCCUGUCACCACAGUCGACUCUGGAGAUCCAUACAUCUCAUCACAAGGGACAGGAAGAAGUGGUGGGAUUAUCGAGGAGGAGGAGGAGGAGGAGGAGGAGGAGGAGGAGGAGGAGGAGGUGGCCCUCAAGGAUAAUCCCUUCUUCAAGCUGCGCUCCUCAACAAAUGUAGCCAAAGUGGAGCAGGAUAUCCAGGAGACUCAAGAGAGGGAGAAGGAGCUCCGUAAGCAGAGGAAGAGUCUGUAUGGGGGAGCACGGGGUGUACAAGUAGGAGGAGAAACGAUUCCUACAAUGUCUUCCACCUCUCUGAAUGGUCCAGCUGUUCCUGACAUACCUGACUCCCCUCCCAGGUGGAGGAACGGACCCUCAGCAGCACAACCGUCAGCUGGCAAGGUGAGCACAUGGCUGCCGGCCCAGGCUGAAGAGGGGAGGACUGCUCAGCAAGAGGUCCCCUGCAGUCCCCGGUCCCCCAGACAGAAGACCCCUCUAGUGCAGCGCUGGGAGUCCGGCCUGGUCAACGGACACAACGAGGGAGACGACUGAGGAGACGCUGACAGAGCCAAAUGAGCGAGGGAGGAAGGUUUACAAAAGAGGGCUGAAAGGCUGUGAUAAAGGAGGAGUGCCUUGUACGGAAAGUGGGAACAGACAGGAGGAGGGAUCGGUGAUGAAGAGGAGGAGAGAGAGAAAGACUGAGGGGGACAGAAAGAGGUCAGGGAUUUGGGAUUGAAAGGGGGUCGGGAGGAUUGGGAGCACGGGGAAGGAUCGGUGGUGGACUGAAAAACCCCAAAGAGUUCUUCAGCAAGGAGGGGAGGACAAGGAGGAAGGAGGGGAACCUAUUAGUGGAUAAGCACUCGGCCUCCUUCUAGUGCUGGGAACUCUGAGACUAAUGAAGUUAAAAUGGGAAGAAAAAUAAUAAUGCACUGCAGAAAAGAAAAAAUGUAAAUGUAGUAAGAAUGGGAUUUUAAUGAACUUCCUAACCGUUGGAUUUUUGGAAUAACAAUGAUUAUUAUUUGAUAUUGAAAAGAGCUUGAUAAAACAACUUGUCAUUCACAGUUUUGUGCUUUUAUUAAUGAUGUGGUUCUCUGAGUUACCAGUUUAUUACACUUGUGUAUUAGCAAUGUAAUAAAUCCGACCGCUGUGCUUUUAAAUAUUUUUUAUUGGUCAACUUUGCUGUAAUUGAGGAGGUUGCGUUAUAGCUGUGUGGCUGUAUUAACUGAAUUAACAAGAUAUCUUUCAGAUGUAAGUAAAUACAUGAAGAGGGAGAGUGUAACAACUCUCAACUAUUGGCACUCAGUAAACUGUAGACCUUUGUCAAGUCCCCUAAUGAAACCACAUUUAAAUUCACUAGAUCUGGAUUUUUAUUUGGAUCUGCACCAAAUUGCACAAACUCCUAUAUAUCGUUCCCCUAAACAUGAUUCAACAUGAUGAAUUAUUCUCUGAGAAAUUUACAAACAUGUUGGAAAAACACCCCAUCUCCCAAUGAUAAAGAAAAUGUAAUGGAUUGGUCUCCACAAAAUGUCAUAGAAAUGGAUUAUGUACUUUUUGUGUAAUCCUGUUAACAAACAAACAAAUGGAGACACAAACAUAGCUUGGCAGAGGUAACAAUUAAAUGAACCACAGUCAUAAAAAUGAAAAAAAAAACUUGAGCCCAACUUACGAUUGUUUUUUUCCAUUUGAUCACUUUUCAGAAUAAACUGGUAACUCGGUGCAGAUACUGCACAGGUCUUAGUAUCAACAGCUUCUCCUUCUGUUAUUGCAUGCCUCACAACUUAAAGCUGGAUCAAAGCGUAUGAGGAAACAUUCUGCUGGUUGCAGAUCUGAUUAAUACCAUACAACGAAAACCUAAUGAAUAGCUGCUCUGCUGUGGGAUAUCUAACAUGGUGCAAUAAAUGAAGUACUUUGGAAAGGAACUUGAUACACAUAUAAAAAACUGUCGCCUGUAUUUAUUUAUGUAAAGUUAAUAUGUUCAGUGUUAUUCGACUAUUAUGAUAAAACAAGAUUAAAAUUGUUGGCCACACCAAA